AUGAAUGAUGAAGAAAAAACAUUCUAUAAAUUUAUCGAAAACAAAAUUCUUCUAAAGGAAUUCUGUGAAGAAUACGUAAAAAUAAAAAACAAUGAAGAAUUUAUUAACGAAGAAACUAAUAAAGUAAAAUUAAAAAAUUGCGAACUCGAAAAGGAAAUAGAAAAAUACAAAGAGAUAUUAAAGAAUAUUGAAAAAAAAAAAGAUGAAGAAAUUGAAAUUAAUAACUUUGAAUAUGAUAUAAAAAUUAAGAAAUUAGAAAAACAAGUGAAUUUUUUAAAUUCUUGCUUAAAUAAAGAAAAAGAAAACUAUAAUUUAAACGUAAAAGAAUUGAUAUCUUUAAAAUUUGAGAAUAGUAAAUUAAAAUCAGACUUAAAUAAAAAUGAAGAUACAAAAGUAGACAAAGAACAUCAAAUAAAUCAAAGUAAUAUCACUGUACUAAAUAAAAUUUAUUCAGAUAUUGACCAAAAAAUUGAAGACAUGAUAAAACUAUUAAGUGAAGUAAAAAAUUGUAGAGAUAAUGUAGAACAAAAAAUAAAGGAUUAUGAAAUGCUUUUAAAUAACUAUCUAAAAAAAAUUUCCGAUAUAAAUUUAAAGUACGAACAAUUUUAUAAGUUAUAUAAAGAAGCUGAAUAUAAAAAUAACUUGAGCAAAUAUAAAAAAAAAGUUUUAAAAAAUAGAAUAGAUGAAUUAAAAAAUUGUAAUAAGCUCUUAUCAAAUCAGAUAUCUACAUUAAAAAAAGAUAUUAAGGUCAUAGAAGUGGAAAAAAAUGAAUAUUAUUCAUUGUUAAAAAAAGCAGAAAAGAAAAAUUUUUUAUUUUAUCAUAAAUUAAAGAAAAAUAAUGAAAAAUCAUAUUUUUCAUCAAACUAUUCGGAUAAAAAUCCCUCUUCAUUGGAUCUACUAAAUGAAAAUAAAGAAGAAAUAUUCUACAAUAAUCUUAAAAAUAAUUCAUCAUUGAUUAAAGGUGAUUUAAUACUUAGUCAAAAUAUAUUUGAUUGCAUAAAUUUAAAAGAAAUAGAAAACAGAUCAAUUUAUUUAAAGAAUAAAAUUAAGAGAAAAGCUCCAUAUCGUUUAGAAGAAUUUAAUAUAAAAAUAGAACGAAAAAGAAGGAAUAUACUCUUUUAUUCAGACAAUGAUUAUGAUAAGAAAAAAAAACGUAAGAAUAUUAUUUUAAAUGAAAAUGAAGAUGAAAAUAUGAAGCAUGUAAACUUGUAA